AUGGCAGGCUUCACUAGGCUGGGACUGCAUUAUUACUUUACCGCCGGCGAGAAGGAGAUCCGCUGCUUGCCGAUCAAGUGGGGAGCACUGGCUCCACAAGCCGCUGGUGUCAUUCAAGGCGACUUUGAACGCGGUUUCAUCAAGGCCGAAGUUGUGGCGUACCAGGACUUCCAUGACCUCUGCAAGGGCGAGAAGUCGAUGGGACCAAUCAAACCAACGGGGAAGUACAGGGAGGAGGGCAAAACCUAUGUCGUCCAAGAUGCAGACAUUAUACACUUCCAGUUCAACGUUGCACCGAAGAAGAAGUAG